UUUUAACCCGGCGUCCAUAUUGCCUUGGCUGUUGUCGUUAAAACAUAAAAUCAAUUUGAUAUUCAAGACCACAACCAGAGGAAGAAACACUGCUUUAAGUUGUUUCGUCGACUGAAAAACGUCAUUGCUCUUACGAGAUGCAUUUGAAAGGAUUCCGUACGAUGUUUCUUCGAGGCAUUGUAUUGGCUUUCCUCUUCGCAGUGUGUUUUUCCCAAGAUGAUGACUACAGAUGUCCUUACAACAUUCACGUGAAUAAAGGACAGAUUAUCGAGGCGAAAGCAUCUCUGAACAAUGGUGCAUCGUUUUUGAAACAUUAUGAAGUUCGCGAUGCCCGAGAGUGUUACAAGUUAUGUUGCGAACGAAGGAACUGCGAUCUCGCGCAAAUGCAGUACAAGAACUACACGGACGGAUUCUUCUCAGAAUUAAAGAAGAUUUGCUACAUGUUUCACUGCGGAAAGCCCAGUAAAUGUCUCUUUGGACAACACGAUCACUACGCCACGAUAUCUUACGACAGACCUAAUGAAGAACUAUCAUACUUAGACGGUAAUCAGUUUGGACCAUCUGUUAAAACAGGGAAAGCAAAAUUUGGCAUCGCGAAAGAAAUCAAACCUGUUCAUGAAGGCAAAGUUUCAGGAUCAUCACGACACAAACCACCGACAAGACCACACGUCACUAAGGAACAAGAAAAGUAUGAGGAGGAAGAAGAUUUAAUGAGUCCUUGGAAACAGAAAUCUUAUGAAGAGGGCAGUGUGCACUCUAAACAACCCUUUGGAAAAGAUACGUAUCACAGCAAGAACACACAGGAAUCAUCAUCAUUAUCAAAAAAAUUGUCAAGGCCAGGUAUAGAUAAAGAUGAAUACUCAGAAAAUUAUCAAGAACGUAAAAAGCCUCACUACCAAGUUACCUCAAAUCAUCCAGAUUCUCCAACAAAACACAAGCAUGUCAACCUGAAGGGACCUGCAAGACCUGGAAAAGAAGGUGGAAAAGAAGUGGUAGAGGAACCAACUGAAGAGAAGGUAACUACACAAGAUUCUGGUGACAUGGAUGCAGAACUGGAGAGGAAACUAGAGGAGCUUAUGCCAAAUACAGACAAUCAACAAUAUCAGCCUUCUGGUAGUGACGUGAAGGCUGUACCUACCACUACAAAACCCACCACUUUUCACCAGUGGAGGCAAUUUGUUGACAAUAACCCAAAUUUUCCAUAUACAAUUCCAUCAGAAGAAGCAGAGGAGAAGCCAACUGAAAAACCUGUUGAGAAACCAGUAGAGGUACCUGUGCAGAAACCAGUAGAGGUACCUGUGCAGAAACCAGUGGAGGUACCUGUGCAGAAGAAACCAGUGGAGGUACCUGUACAGAAAAAACCAGUGGAGGUACCUGUUCAGAAGAAACCAGUGGAGGUGCCUGUGCAAAAACCAGUGGAGAGACCAACACAGAAACCUUGGCAGAAACCAGCACAACCAGUGGAAACCCUAACACAGAAACCUUGGCAGAAACCAGCACAAUCAGAGACAGAAUCGCACAAGCCAACAGAACAUAGUAUAAUGACAGAAGAAGCUAGAGUUCAGAAUGGACAAAAACAGCGACAAGACGAGAGUCCCUUGAUUGAAGUGCCGAUCCAGAGCAAGAAUAUCUCUGAUGUGGUUGUCAUUGAAACACACAGGCUAAAGAUCAUUGAGAACAAGGCAGUUCUUCCAUUAGCAGUAUUCCUCGUGAUUGCAAUUUUACUUCUGUUUGUUGUGGCGCUUCGUCUGAGAAUUGUCAAGAGCAGGUUAAAAAGGCGACCAUUUGCAACAGAUGAUGCAGAUUAUCUAAUCAAUGGCAUGUACUUGUAACAAGCUGCUAAUGGAGAUCAAGCGAUAAAUAAUUUUAAUAUUGUCAUUCUUCUGUGAAAACACCAUGUUUUCAUGUGGAUAAUUUGCCUACAUGAUAGACCCUCUGAGGACCAAGUUGCAAUAUUAUCAUUUUUUUAGGUGGCCUAACACGGUUUUGUUCAAGUUGAGUGGCCUUUAUUGCUGAUGUCCACAGAGAUCUCGAAAUAUAGGUUGUGUCAAAAGCAAUAAUUUAAAAAAAUUAUUAUUUUUACAAUUGCAGCGUUCUGUUAGGUAUUUUUCAUUUUCAAAAAAGUACACUUGAAUUUGCAGUCUCUCAAAGGAUUUUGAAAAUUUACAGGGUUAGUUUCUCCAAAAUCUUCUAUUUCUGACCUGGUGUAAUACAUAAUGCACCUUUCAGAAGGUAAUUUUCUGUAAAUAAUAAAGCUACAUUGCCAUGGAAAUGGCUAGCACUUCACUCAAAAUGCCAAAAAAUACACUCUUUCAUGUUAACACUUACAAUUUGCAAAACACAGUCUUAUAUGAGCAAAUACUGUAGCUAAGCAAUGGAGGUAUAAAACAGUGUUAGGCCACCUUAGUUUUUUUUUUUUGUUUUUGUUUUUUUUUCUCACACAACUUGAAACAUCGAAAAUGCUUUAAGGUGCUUAAUUUAAGGGCAUGGUUUAAAUUUGUAAGACACAGCAUUGAAGCUCAUGGUAAGUAUCAAUUCCAACAGUUUGUCACAUAUUUGUUGACUUUUUUUUUUUUUGCCCAGUGGAUUCAAGUUA